AUGGCCGCGGCCGCCCUCCUGUCCCGGCCCGGGCCCCGGCCACUGCCCCUGCUCCUGCUGCCGCCGCUGCUGCUGCUGCUGCUGCUGCUGCCGCCGCGCGCCGGCCGGGUGCGCGCUGACAGUAAGGUGUUUGGUGACAUGGACCAGGUGCGGAUGACCUCGGAGGGCUCCGACUGCCGCUGCAAGUGCAUCAUGCGGCCACUGAGCAAGGACGCUUGCAGCCGAGUGCGCAGCGGGCAGGCCCGGGUGGAGGACUACUACACUGUGGAGACGGUGAGCUCGGGGACCGACUGCCGCUGCUCCUGCACAGCGCCACCCUCCUCGCUCAACCCCUGUGAGAAUGAGUGGAAGAUGGAAAAGCUCAAGAAGCAGGCACCUGAGCUCCUCAAGCUCCAGUCCAUGGUGGAUCUCCUGGAGGGCACCUUGUACAGCAUGGACCUGAUGAAAGUGCACGCCUAUGUCCACAAGGUGGCCUCCCAGAUGAACACGCUGGAAGAGAGCGUCAAGCUGAACCUGAGCCGGGAGAACGAGGUAGUGAAGGAGAGCAUGCGCCACCUGAGUGAGCAGCUGAAGCGCUAUGAGAAUCACUCGGCCAUCAUGAUGGGCAUCAAGAAGGAGCUCUCCAGCCUGGGCCUCCAGCUGCUGCAGAAGGAUGCAGCCCCAGUCUCGGCCGCUGCCCCAGCACCCGGCCCUGCCAGCAAGGCUCAGGACACAGCUGGAGGGAGAGGCAAAGACAACAAAUACGGCAAUGUUCAGAAGACCUUUGCAGACAGGGGCCUCACAAAACCUCCUAAGGAGAAGCUGCUGAAGGUGGAGAAGCUGAGGAAGGAGGGCGGCAAGGGCAAAUUCCCCCAACCCACAGCCAAGCCCCGGACCCUGGCCCAGCAGCAGGCCAUAAUCCGAGGCAUCACCUACUACAAGGCGGGCGGGAAGGAGGUGACCGAGGCCGUGGCCGACAACGCCCUCAAGAGCACUUCCUGGCUAGAACAGCGGCCGCCCAGGGUGGAGGGCAGGUCACCGGAGCCCAACUCAGCAGAACAUGAUGAGGCUGGGCCCAGGGCCUCAGCGGGAGCGGACCUGGCCUCUGGCACUCUCAGUUCUGACCCUGUCACCACCCCCACCCCGACUCCCACCACCCGGCCCCAGCCCACUGAGCCACCUUCACACCCAGAUGUCCCGAGCCAAGGCAGAGAGACGAGCUGUGAGGGCACCCUGCGGGCCGUGGACCCCCCUGUGAGGCACCACAGCUACGGGCGCCAUGAGGGAGCCUGGAUGAAGGACCCUGCUGCCAAAGAUGACAGGAUCUAUGUCACCAACUACUACUAUGGGAACAGCUUGGUGGAGUUCCGCAAUCUGGAAAACUUCAAGCAAGGCCGCUGGAGUAACAUGUACAAGCUGCCCUACAACUGGAUCGGCACGGGCCACGUGGUGUACCAGGGCGCCUUCUACUACAACCGCGCCUUCACCAAGAACAUCAUCAAGUACGACCUGCGGCAGCGCUUCGUGGCCUCCUGGGCACUGCUGCCCGACGUGGUCUAUGAGGACACGACGCCCUGGAAGUGGCGCGGCCACUCGGACAUCGACUUCGCCGUGGACGAGAGCGGCCUGUGGGUCAUCUACCCCGCCGCGGAUGACCAGGACGAGGCCCAGCCCGAGGUGAUCGUGCUGAGCCGCCUGGACCCCGGUGACCUGUCCACGCACCGGGAGACCACGUGGAGGACACGGCUACGGCGGAACUCCUACGGGAACUGCUUCUUGGUGUGUGGCAUCCUGUACGCCGUGGACACGUACAACCAGAAGGAGGGCCAGGUGGCCUACGCCUUCGACACGCACACGGGCACCGACGCCCGGCCGCAGCUGCCCUUCCUCAACGAGCACGCCUUCACCACCCAGAUUGACUACAACCCCAAGGAGCGCGUGCUGUACGCCUGGGACAACGGCCACCAGCUCACCUACACCCUCCACUUCGUGGUCUGAGCCCGGACCGGUGCUCACAGGAGAGGAGUGGCCGUGGGCGUCGCUCCCCCACAGCAACUCCUGCAGGGGCUCUGUCAGCACAUAUUUAUGGGGGUCCAGGCCCGGGGCAGGUGCUAGGCACGUGGCGCAGCCAGGAUAAAGCUUCCUUGGCACCCGGUGGAUUAAUAAUCCCUUCCACUUGCAGAGCACUAUGCCAAGAGCUUCACAUGCACAAACCCAUUCAGUCCUCCCAGUAGCACCCCUGGAGGUAGGGAUAAUUAAGCCCAUUUAACAGAUGAGGACACU